CGAGAGCGGCGGAGGCGGGGCCAGGCGGCCGCAGGGCGAGAGGACACGAGCAAGAUGGCGGCGGCUGCGGUGGCUCUGCGGCACCUGGCGUUGGGCUCCCGCCUCGCCCCGCACGCCCGCAACGCCGGGGCCCCGCUCCAGCGGCUCCAGCAUCGCAGGGGCCUCCGCCUCUCUGCGCCCGCCGCCAUACAGGUGACGGUGCGGGACGCGCUGAACCAGGCGCUGGAUGAGGAGCUGGAGCGGGACGAGCGCGUCUUCCUGCUGGGCGAGGAGGUGGCACAGUACGAUGGCGCCUACAAGAUCUCCAGGGGUCUCUGGAAGAAGUACGGGGACAAAAGGGUGAUCGACACCCCGAUAUCCGAGAUGGGCUUUGCAGGAAUCGCUGUCGGUGCUGCUAUGGCAGGGUUGAGACCGGUGUGUGAAUUCAUGACAUUCAACUUCUCCAUGCAAGCAAUCGAUCAGGUUAUCAACUCUGCUGCCAAGAGCUGUUACAUGUCUGCAGGAUGCAUCUCUGUUCCCAUCGUCUUCCGAGGUCCCAACGGAGCCUCAGCUGGCGUCGCUGCCCAGCACUCCCAGUGCUUUGCAGCCUGGUAUGGACACUGCCCCGGCCUCAAAGUCGUCAGUCCUUGGAGUGCAGAAGAUGCCAAAGGGCUGCUGAAAGCAUCAAUCCGGGAUGAUAAUCCAGUUGUGAUGCUGGAAAGUGAAUUACUGUAUGGUGUUCCCUUUGAAAUGUCUGAACAGGCACAGUCAAAGGAUUUUGUUAUUCCUAUUGGAAAAGCUAAAAUAGAAAGGCAAGGAACUCAUGUUACGGUAGUGGCACACUCAAGACCUGUUGGCCAUUGUAUGGAAGCAGCUGCUGUACUUUCUAAAGAAGGUGUAGAGUGUGAGGUUAUAAACCUGCGAACCAUUCGACCGAUGGACAUUGAAACCGUGGAAGCCAGCGUGGUCAAGACAAACCAUCUGGUAACUGUAGAAGGAGGUUGGCCCCAGUUUGGAGUAGGAGCUGAAAUCUGUGCCAGGAUCAUGGAAGGACCUGCCUUUAACUAUUUGGAUGCUCCAGCUGUGCGUGUCACUGGUGCCGAUGUCCCCAUGCCUUAUGCAAAAAUCUUAGAGGAUAACAGCAUACCUCAAGUGAAGGAUAUAGUAUUUGCAGUGAAAAAAGCAUUGAAUAUAUAAGUUGUAAAU